AGUAGAGUCAGACGUGGCGACAGAGGAGUCUAACGCACACGAUACAUCAAGUGGUACACAAAGAACUGUGGACUGAGAACAAAAAAAAAGAUAGAUUAGAUAUUACUAUAAAGAAAGAAAAAAAGAAAAAGAGAAGUGCAGUGUGUGGGGCUUUUCUGUUCUAGGACAGAGAGAAAGAAAGAAGCAAGAAGGAACAAUAAGACGUGUUUUCCAGAAGGACCCUCGGAAUUCUGCACUUUUCCAUACACCAUCUCUCUCUCUCUCUCUUUCUCACACCCUUACACACACACAUACACACACACACACACUGCUGCAGCAGGACAUAUCUAUCCCUAUUCCUCCCUGCAGCUCGAAAAGAGUGAGAGAGAGAGUGUGUGUGAGUGAGAGAGCCUGCCGUUCCCCUGGAGUCUACGGGACCAUGGCACCUGUCAGAGACGCAGUGGUGCUCAGCUGAAGACACAUACACACACUCACUCACACACUCACACACUCCGAGAGAUUAGCAGUACAAAGUUCUACAAUCGGAUUGUCCAAUCUGGAACAUUCAGAAACCCGAUCACGGAAACCACUGCCAAAGCAACAGUGCAACCAACCAAUCUCCAGUGCAUCCAUCACCUUGAAGCCCAUCUCUGAUCACCAUUGAGCACAUGUGAAGAUGAUGAUGACUAUGAUAGUGGUGGUAAUGACUGUGAUGCUUGGCCUCAUCAGUGUUAGCUCAUCGUUUGGUGGAUCUGCAACUUCUACCUCUUCCUCUUCUUCACCAAGGAUGAAGUUUACUUAUAAAGAACUACAGCAGUUUAAUGGAGUGAAGCGGUUUGAGUUGGACCGUUCGUGCUGUUUUGGAUCACUCCUACUGGAUGAAGAAAGGGGACGGCUCUUUGUAGGAGCACGAAACUACCUGUUGUCGCUCAGCCUGGACAACAUUGCCAAGCAAGAACAAAAGAUUUACUGGCCAGCACCUGUGGAGUGGAGGGAAGAGUGCAACUGGGCAGGAAAGGAUAUCAAUAUGGAUUGUGUUAAUUAUGUGAAGGUUUUACAUCACUUUAACCGAACUCAUCUGUAUGCCUGUGGGACAGGAGCCUUCCACCCAACCUGUGCCUACGUGGAGGUUGGACAGAAGGUGGAGGAUCAUGUGUUCCGAAUUGAUCAAUCUCUUGUUGAAGAUGGAAAAGGGAAAAGCCCAUAUGACCCACGGCAUACUGCAGCGUCUGUUCUGGUUGGUGAUGAGCUGUAUUCAGGUGUAGCCACUGACCUGAUGGGAAGGGAUUUCACGAUUUUCCGGAGCCUGGGACAAAAACCCUCCAUACGGACCGAACAACACGACUCGCGCUGGCUCAAUGAGCCCAAGUUCAUCUGUGCUUUUGCUGUUCCGGAGAGUGAGAACCCUGAUGAUGAUAAAGUCUUCUUCUUCUUCCGAGAAACUGCAGUCGAAGCUCAAGGCUUUGGCAAGGUCACCUAUGCUCGGAUUGGCCAGCUGUGCCGGAAUGACAUGGGAGGGCAGCGUAGUUUAGUGAAUAAGUGGACAACGUUCCUGAAGACUCGACUUGUCUGCUCUGUGCCAGGCAAAGAUGGCAGUGAAACACACUUUGAUGAGCUCAGGGACGUCUUCCUGCUACAGACGCGAGACAGGAAGAAUCCGCUGGUCUACACAGUCUUCUCUACUUCCAGUAGUGUAUUCCGUGGCUCGGCCGUCUGCCUGUACACUAUGAACGACAUCCGCAGGGCAUUUUUGGGGCCGUUUGCCCAUAAAGAAGGACCCAAUUACCAAUGGGUGCCUUUCCAAGGCAAAGUCCCUUACCCUCGACCAGGCAUGUGUCCCAGUAAGACGUUUGGAAGUUUCGAGUCCACUAAAGGCUUCCCCGAUAACGUGAUCCAGUUCGCACGUCACCACCCGUUGAUGUAUAACCCAGUGACGCCGCUCGGUGGCCGUCCGCUCUUCCUACGCACAGGAAUGCCAUACAGUUUCACACAGAUUGCUGUGGAUCGGGUUAAUGCUGCGGAUGGCAUCUACGACGUCAUGUUCAUUGGAACAGAUGUUGGCAGCGUUCUGAAGGUGAUCUCUUUCCCCAAAGGAAGCUGGAGCAACACAGAGCUGCUGCUGGAGGAGCUGCAAGUCUUCAAGGACUCUUCAUCCAUCAUCAAUAUGCAGAUCUCGUCCAAACGACAACAGCUGUAUGUAGGCUCUGAUACAGGUGUGGCGCAGGUGCCACUGCAUCGCUGCAACAUGUAUGGUAAAGCAUGUGCUGAGUGCUGCCUGGCUCGAGAUCCCUACUGUGCCUGGGAUGGACACACCUGCACACGCUACCUGCAUAACACCAAACGGCGCUUCCGUCGCCAGGACGUGAGGAAUGGUGAUCCUAAUACACUUUGUUCAGGAGACCACCAGAAGCAGCGCAUUCUGGAGAAAAAGCUGUAUGGAGUGGAGGGCAGCAGUUCUUUCCUGGAGUGCAUCCCCAAAUCACUACAGGCUCAAGUCACGUGGACUUCUCAGAGACACCCCAACAAUGCUCGAGAAGAGGUCCAUCUGGAUGAUCGCGUGCUUCAGACGAAUCGGGGCUUGUUGCUGCGGCGAGUGUUGCGCAGGGAUGGCGGUGUAUACCAGUGUCACGCGAUGGAGCAUGGAUUCACCCAAACGCUGCUCAGCAUCACGCUUGAGAUCGUCCCCACUCGAGGCCCAGCCCAUAGCCAAGGACACAGGCUCACCCAAAGCCAAGCACAGUCCACUAAUCAGAAACUGUGGUACAGAGACUUCAUGCAGUUGGUUGAUCACCCCAACCUGAGCACCGCUGACCAGAUCUGUGAGCAGAUUUGGUCACGCAAGCACAGCCAAUCAGACAAAGCCAUGGCAGACGCAGCCAACGUGUCUCUGCCUAUCAGUCCUCUGCACUCCACCCACAAAAAGUGGAAGCAUCUGAAGGAAGUGAGGAAGGGGAGGAACCGCAGAACACACGACGGAAAACCUGCACCUCGAGCGCCUCGGAGUGCAGGAGAGUAACAAGGGAUGGAAGAGAGAGACAGAGUAAGAAAGAGAGAUCACUGGAGUUGGACAAAACCACACAGCAUUGCAUUUAGUGACAAUUAUCAAGCAACACAAACGAGCUAUACACUACAAAUUCACAACAUUCUUCCCAUAUUGUACAAUUUACCACACACCAUUGCCUUACUGCACUGCUGCCCCAUCAGUAGAGCAUUCUAGUAUCUUAAUAAUCCCAAAUACAAUUCUCACUGCCCGUUACACACCUCCCUAAAUCAGUCUCUACUGCCCUGUUACAUUCCUUUAUGGCCCAUACACAGUCGUGUGCU